GUCCUUUUUGACACAUCCUGUCAAAAUAAAAUAGUCUCCAGCCAGCUGUUUGCAUUUUUCACAAUAUUUUCAAAAUAUAUCACACAGAUUCAAUUAGUUCAAACAAAUAGCGCAUCAUAACUUAUAUAAACAUUGCGAUAAUAAUUCUAGACAUUCAUACAAGUUUGUUUCAUUGUAUAAAGUAGCAUUUUUGUUUUAUUAGAAGUAGUUAUGCGUUUGUAGUGAUUGGUGUUGUUUUUAUGUAAUUAAAAUGGGCAAUCAACUUGUGGGAGUAGCGCCGUCGCAAAUUUAUCCAGUAGAACACUACUUGAGUGACCAUGCUGACUUAUCAUUCGACCAGAGUUUGGGCUCUACGAGAUUUCUCAAGGUGGCACGGGCUCGUUCGCAGGAGGGUUUAGUAGUGGUUAAAGUCUUUGCAGUUCAUGAUCCUUCACUGCCCUUGGCUGAACACAAGGAAAGAAUAUUGAAGAUAAAGGAACAACUUGCCUCAGCAUUCAACUGCUUGCCAUUUCAGAGAGUCAUACUUACAGAUAAAGCUGGCCUAUUGAUGAGAGAAUAUUGCAAGUGCAGUGUUUAUGACCGCAUGUCAACUAGACCGUUCCUCACUGUUCUUGAGAAGAAAUGGAUAACAUUUCAAGUGUUAUAUGCUUUGCAUCGGAUGCAUAAGUUAGGGAUAUGCCAUGGAGAUAUCAAGCUAGAGAACAUAAUGGUGACGUCAUGGCUAUGGGUCCUUCUGACGGACAUCGCUUCGUUCAAGCCUACCUUCUUGCCGGACGAUAACCCGGCUGAUUUCAGCUACUUCUUCGACACAUCACGUCGGAGGCUAUGCUAUGUUGCGCCCGAGCGUUUCGUCAGAGCUCCGGAUCCACAUAACAGGCCAUUGAGUGAUGACAAAACCGGUGGAUUGUUGUUGAGUGAGUCACCUUGCAAAGUAGGGGAGCUACUUCCCAGUAUGGAUAUUUUCUCAGCUGGAUGUGCCCUCCUAGAGUUAUGGAACGAUGGUACCCCAGCGCUAGAUCUUCCUGGUCUGUUAGCCUAUCGGAACGGCGAAGACCGGCCGGCUACCAUGAGCCCCCCGGAAGGGGAACCGCAGUUGAAAGCCUUGCUACAUUCCAUGACAGAGAGGAAUCCGAAGGACAGACGCAGCGCAGAGAUAUACCUAGACGAAGCCAGGGGCAAAUUAUUCCCUGAAUACUUCUACUCUUUUCUCCAAUCGUAUAUGCUUAUAUUCUCUGCACAACCUAUCCUACCGCCUGACGAGAAAAUACUCCGUAUACACCAAGACAUACGGAACAUAAUAAAGAUCUUCACCCAACCGUCGGACACUAAGAACUACCAGGACUUAGUUGACGAGACCACAGACAACCAACCGGUGGACACCAUAGACAAAUUGAAAGACGGUUUUAAAGUUUUAAAAGUCAACGUCACUGAUUUUGAAGAAGAGGAUGUGAAAGCUCCUGAGAAGAAGGAAGAAGGGCCUGAUAGUGAGGGUUUGAUACUGAUUACGUCAUUGGUGACGUCAUGCAUCAGGGGCUUGCAUCAUUGCACGUCGAAGUUGUACACAUUGGAGAUAUUGCAACUGCUCUGCGAGAAUUCCAGUUCUGAGACGAUUCUGGAUAGGAUAUUACCGUAUGUUAUCCACUUAUCUCACGACAGCGUGAGUAGAGUUCGCGCUGCUGCAGUUUGUUGCGUAGGAAGAUGCGUUAGAGCCGUUACCCGUCUGCCACAAUCGGAUUGUAACGUAUUCCCCGAAUAUAUACUGCCGGAGUUGGCCCCACGAGCCACGGACCCAGCGGUCCCAGUACGGAUAGCAUACGCCAACACUAUAGCAAAACUAGCCGAGACGGCUGUGAGGUUUCUGGAUCAAACGCAAAAUAUGGUGGACAAGGAAACUGCUAACAUCAACUAUGAGACUGAACUGUCGGCGUUGCAUGAGAUGGUACGAUCCACAGUUUCGUAUUUACUGACGGACUCGCAAGCCGUCGUCAAACGAGCUCUGGUUGACAACGGCAUCACUAAACUGUGUAUAUUCUUCGGGAAACAAAAGGCAAACGACGUGAUCCUCUCACACAUGGUGACGUUUCUGAACGACAAAGAAGAGGUGGCAUUACGCGGUUGUUUCUUCGAGCGGGUAGUUGGUGUCGCCGCAUACGUAGGACAUCACGCUGCGCCAAUAUUACAGCCUUUACUUCAACAGGGAUUAACAGACCAAUCGGAGUGGAUCAUAGCGAAGGCCUUACGCGCAACAAGCAGUUUGGCAGAGCUCGGUCUAUUACCGAAGCAAGCGCUCUGUGAUUUAGUCGCCGAGAGCGCUGUAUACUUGGCACACCCUAAUCUUUGGAUUAGGCACGAAGUUUGCGGUUUGGUGUCGUGCGUGGCCAGUCUACUCAACCCUAUAGACGUGAACUGCAAGAUUUUGCCUCUUGUCUGGCCGCAUCUGAAGCAUAAACUUAUACAGGUAGAAAGAGCGGAGUUGCUUCUGGAAAGCCUUUCGGAACCGAUCCCGCGGAAAGUUCUAGACGCUGUGUUAAGGCACGGUGAUGUGGAUAGACUGGUGCAGACAUUGAGAGAACGGAGGAACACGAGGCUGAAGGUGAAACAAGGAACUAUGCCGCAGUACUCUGAGAUGGGCCAACAACUCAGGAAUCUGUUUAGGAGAUUGGCGUCGGACGGUAUGACAGAGCAUGUCGAAAACCAACUUCUUGCUAUGAGCGCCCAUCUCAUUAAAAUACAAAGAUCUUCGACACAGCACAUAACUGACGCCCCAGGGCGGCUGUCGAUCACAAACACCAACAUAUCCAAGUCGGUACAUUUGAACGAAGGAGUGGAUGCACUUGCGCACAACGCACCGGACAAAAUGUAUGCGCCUGCGCAAAACAGACGGACGCACAAGACUUCACUGUCGCAUGAAACACACAUGAACACAGAGUGGCAACACAUGUUCGGACAAGCGCACGAUCACACUAUUAGAGCUGUAGAGUCUACGUCCCAGUCAGUGGGUGGUCCAUACAACAGCACCGUUAACACGCUGUCCCACGCGCCCGCCCAUUCUCAAAUGGGACACAGUGCGAGCUACGUACAAUAUAGCAUGGCCCCUUGUCGUGCGGAGCUGAGUAACCUAACGGCGCGUAUGCAACAAAAAUUCCAGAAAUCAUUGAGGAGUCAUGAUGAUGGCUCAGACAACACUGAAGACUUGGUGCCACCAGCGUCCUGGAGGCCAGGCAGCCAGCUCCUGGCCUAUCUUCAUGAGCACAAGGCUCGUGUGAACCAACUGGUGACACUUCCUGCCCAGAAGGGUAUCUUCGGCUCCUGCUCGGACGACGGCACCGUCCGCCUGUGGGACGCGGCUAGGUUACAAGGACACGCUUACGUUAACAGAUCUAAGUCGAUGUAUAACCGAAGCGCGGGUCCCGUAGUGUCGUUGGCAGCGUGCGAGAGCGGACAGUCUUUGGUAGCGGCCACGCAAGAAGGAUCCAUAUUCGUAUUGAGGAUAGACAACGCCUCGUCCCGUAUGACUUUGUCGCAAUGCCGGCAAGUGGAGGGGGGUGGAAUGUACGGAGGGGAGGAGGGGGGGUGCGUAGCUGUGGCCUGCGCUGGCGGAGUGCACGCGGGAGUCAUAUCCUACGCCACCCUGCUCGCCUCCGUCAUAGGCUGGGAUUUAAGGGCGCCCGGUAACGCUUGGAAACUACAAGGCGACUUGAAGCAGGGCGUAUACACGUGUUUAUACGCCAAUAGUGCUGGUUACAUCGCCGUGGGUACCUCCAGUGGUGCCAUCUGUGUGUGGGACCUGCGGUUUCAACUGCCGAUCACGUCUAUCAGACAUCCGAAUUCGGAGCGCGUGCGCGGUAUAAUCGGGGGCGGCGCGCGGUCCGGCCGCGUGUGGGCGGCGGGCGGGCGGGACGCGGGCGCGUGGUGCCUGGAGUCGACGCAGCGGACGCACGCGUUAUGGCCCUGCACUAACUCGCCCCAGCCGCUGCAUUAUACGCCUGCGGCAUCCCACUACAUUAGCGCUAUGUACUGUGGGUCACGGGAUGGCAACCGUUUCCUAAUCACCGGGGGCUCCGACCAACGCCUCAGACACUGGGACCUGGAGCACCCUGAAGACUCUUAUAUUCUGGUGCAUGCGCCCAACGACCAACUCAAGCAUACUCCCAAUGCGGUCAAAUACAGGAGUAGAAUAAUAGACGGCACCACGGUCAUCCAGGAAUGCUGUAAACUGAAUCCGCAAGCGCCCGUAUCUCUCAUAGAAGACAACGUGUACAGAACCGUGGAGUCUCGAAGUUUCUACCACACGGCGCCUAUAACAGACAUCACAAUGGUGGAAGGCAACAAACACUAUUUGGUCAGCGCCGCGGCUGAUGGAGUUAUCAACGUAUGGAAAUAGUUGGUUUGAAAAAUCAUUCAAUUCAAGAACAUAGAGGUAUAAGAAUAGAGGAGGGGACAAUUCAAGGUUAUUAAGAUUACUCAACGAACAGUACCUAUAAUGACCAAUAUUAAUCAUACAUUUCGGUCGAUAAGCUGAUGCACUUUUGUAUGAAACAGCAGUUUCUUUUCGUGAUUUCAGCGUUGGUACCAUACAUAAUAAAAGUUGUUCCUGUUGAUGGGUAGAAUCACCCCCUAAGAGGUUGUUGGUGUUUUAAAAUUAACCCUGUAUAAUUAUUAUGAAAUUAAUGACUUUACACUUGGCCAAUGGUUGAGGUCCGACAUGUUGUCUGUAAUAGGUUGCGGCAAAUAUCUUGAGCAAUAUCGCAGACAAAUAAACUUGCGCAGAAGACGUUUUUGCAUGUAAAAUUGCUACUGCGCAGGCUUCCUUGUCUAGGGUCGUUGCUCAAGAAGUUGGCCGGGGUGUAUAACUAUAUUUACAUCCUGCCAGCCUAUAAUUUAUUUUGUUGAAAUGAGACGUUUUUACCAUCUCCACAAUCCACAAGGUGGUCGGGAACGGCAGGGGAAUUUCAAUUUAUUAUGUGAUUAUUCUUAUAAAAGUUCCUGUUUUUAUUGAUAAUAUUAUAGUUAUUAUAGAAUAUUAUAAAAUGUCCAUCUCAGAAAUUGGUAUAUGCAAAAUUGAUUUCGCAAGUUGGUACAGUCAAAUAUGUUGUUUAUCUGUCCAUCAUUAAUGAAAUCCUUUUGCUUCCAGUCUAAAUGGUUUUAGAAUCUAUUUGUUUCUUAGGUUUUCACGCACAUCACUCAUUAAAUAAAACUAGUUUAACGUGUUAAUGUACGAACUUUAUUUAUUUAUUGACCAGGCAGCGGACGGGACUCGAACCCGCAUGGUCAGUGCAUUCGCCCGGAUAGCGAAGGAUGGAAGGAAGAAAAAUUUAAACAUCUAGCAGUUAAAUGCUUAAAAAAUAAAUAAAAUCAUAACUAUAAUUGCUAUUUCUUCUUUCAAAUGAUUAAUACUUCAAAAAGUAUUCAUUUGACAUUGCGGGUUACCUACAAUGCGAAGAGAUGGCGCUGCCUUGCAGCUUAAGGCUAGGAAAAUUUCGACGCGGCUAACAGGGCCGUGGUAGCAUAAUGGUCAGUGCAUUCGCCCGGAUAGCGAAGAAUGCGGGUUCGAGUCCCGUCCGCUGCCUGGUCCGCGUGGAUUUUUUUCUAGUAAACUUUUCUUUAAAUAAUUAUUAUUUAUGAUAAAGGUUCAUAAAAAUCGAAUUGUAACAUAUUACAGAAAAUGUGAUAAAUUCUAGGUUAUUAAGAUUACGCAACGAACACUACCCAUAAUAAUCAAUAUUAAUUAUAACAGUAAAUUGAUAAUAAUUAUAUUGAUAAAAGCAACAGACACCCAACAUCUUUGACUGUACAUACUACUACACUGUUGUAUAUUAUUGUAAUAUCUUGUUUUUACAAUUGUGAUGUUGAUUUUAGGGCCUGUAUAUAAUAGUUGUUAAUUCAAUUUUAUCAUAACAUUGUAAAUUUUAGUAUUGGUUGAAUACUUAAAUGUCACUCAAUUCUUGAUUUGCUUAUGUCUAUUUAUAAGUAGGAACGCCUAAAUAUAUAAAUUAUCAAAAAGUCUAAGCAAUAUUAUUUGUAGUUUUAUAACUUUUGAUAAAUUUUUACUAAUAUAUUUAUUUUUUAGAAAAAAACACAAUCGAAAAGCUUCUUUUUAAAUCACCCAAUAAUGUUUCUGAGUACAAAACAGUUUGUAUAGCAAUCCACUUUGCAAAGAAAAAAACAAAUUCAUUAAUAAAACACAAUUUCUGUAUCAAUCAACAUAAACAGUAACAUCAAUCAUUGUUGUUUUGACUUUUUUUAUGUAUGUACAUUGAACGCUCAUUUCUUGGAAACUGUGUAUUAGCACAGUUUGCGUUGAAAAUGAUUUAAGUGUUUUGUCUAUCUUAUUUAUAAUUUACAACUUUAGAAUAUGAGUGAUGUUUCAGCAUACAAUCAUACUUUUUAAUUAGAUGAAAUGACUGAAAAUUAUUAAUAGUAAAAUAUUAUAUUCGUAAAUUGUAAUUAAAAGUGAUCAUAGUAUUGUAGUCUCCUAGAUACUUUCAAGUUAAAUGAUCUAAGAAUCUAUUUUUAUUAAUAAAAUUAUGUGUUAUGUAUGAACUGUUUUAUUUUCUAUAUCAACAAUAUUUUUUUUUGUCGGGGAAAUGCGUUACGCAUCCUUUAUCCACCGGGAGAGCGAGAAGGUAUGUGGGACUCCUCCCUGCUCAUUACAGCCAGCCCUUGGGCCGGUGAAAUGAGCAGGGCCCUACAUAACGCCCUGAACAGGGCCGCUAAAAACUACAUAAUACCUACUCUUGCACCAGUCACCCGGCGUACAUUCUGAGGACCGCAGUCCCCACAAUGAACGCUGGAAGUGCGGGUGUGGCCGCGGAAACCGUUGCUGACUGUUCGUGCAAACAAUACCUAACAACAUUAAUUUCAUUUUCAAUUACUACCAAUACUACCUUUUAAGAUAUGCAACAUGCUAUAUAAAGAAUUGCUUCUUACAUUAUAUUCUUCAAUAUUCAGAUUUUGAUUUAACAACAGGCAUAGGAUGUUCUAAGAGUAAGAAAUAAAGUUGUUUUUUAUUUAUAUAAUAUCUAUAAUUGUGUAAUAACAGUUUGUAGUUGUAGCUUGCAAUUCUACACAUAUAGUCCUGUGUUGAUACUUAUAGACUUAUCACUCAGAAAUGACAUUUAAUUUUAUCUGUGCUAGAAAUUGAAUAUGACUACAAGUAACUUUAUCAUUCACUUUAAAUUACACAACUGUCACAGUUUACAAAAAAAAAUAUCACCAAGAUUUCGCUUAUAAUUAAUAAUUUAUCACAUAGUGUAAUAAUAUGUUACAGUUUUGUGAAUUCCAUUUAAAGAUACCAAUUAUAUUUUAUUUACAUAAUAACAUGGUUAGAUAUUCUUAAAAUUUUUACUUCACAGAAGUAAUAGGUGUACUACUAAUAAAAUUAAAAUAAACUAAUACCUAUAUAGUUACAUCUAAGUAAUAGUGACAUUGUACAUUUUUAUUUCAUAAAAUUAAUCAAGCUUUACUGCUGCCACCAUCCUUUUUAUCAUCAGGAACAUCUUGAAGAAGUUUCUCAAGGUCAAUGCCCUCAAACUUGGAGCUCUGUGUAUUUGAUGCAUGUGCCAAGAACAGUUCUUUGAGAAACUGCAAUUCCUUUGUCAAAGUUUUCACCUUCUCUUCCAACAUUUGGUUUUCAGCCUUCAGCUUGUUCACCCAGGUGAAAGUUUCCUGAGUCCGUUGCUUAGACUUGUAUCUGCUCUUUUUAACUGCCUGGAAGAAAAAAUA